AUGAUUCUGCUUGGAUUAUAAACUUAAGAUGAUUAUUAACUAAGACUAUUAUAAGAUUCUCUUAGUUAGAUAGAAUAGCAAAGGAGUGGUGGGAGCAUUCCAAUUGUCUAUAUGUCACUAAAAGAUUAAUAUGGGUAGAUAGUUGGAUCAGAUUUUAAAAGUAAGGUAAGAGUAGAUGUCGAAACAACAAACUUGGAUGCUAAGCAAAUCUUAUAUCCCCCAAUCCUUGAGGGCACUCUCUCUUUUGAUAUAAUAGGGGGCAUUGCAAUAAUAAACUAAAUUUAAAUUGUUGGAAAUCCUGGUAGUCCUUACAAGCUUGUUAUUACAACUGAUGGAAUUGAUUAAUCUAAAAAGUCAAAUAAAGAUAAAAUGGAAGCAAUUGGUAAAUCUAGUCUUGAUCUUGACUUGAAAGUUUAACUGAGAGAAUGUGAAAUAGGAGAAUAAUUUACAGCAGUUGGCAAGUGCUAGAAGUGUGAAGAGAGCUUUUCUUUGGUGAAAAUGUCAUCACCUGGAUUUUGUGAAAUUUGUCCUACUGAAAAAGCGAUUUGCAAUGGAGGAGCUGAAAUAGGUCCUAAACCUGGGUUUUGGAGAAAAAGUAAUUCAUCUAAGGUAUUUUCUAAAUGUCUUUUUGAACCUGCUUGUUUGGGAAUGAUUCCUCCUCAAAACAAUCUCUUGGGAGAUUGUUUAAAUGGAUAUUAGGGUAUUCUAUGUGCUGACUGUAUAAAUGGCUACUCUAGAGAUAAAGAUUACUAAUGUGCAAUAUGUCCUGACCCUUCUUUGAAUAUACUAAGACUAAUCUCGAUAUUCAUAGCUAUUGUUAUACUAGUUGUUCUAAUGAUAAGAUAAACUUUGAGAGGUGCUCAAGAUAUCAACAACGUAACAAGUAUAUACUUAAAAAUCUUGCUCAAUCAUUUCUAAUUAAUUCUCAUGACAGCUUCUUUUAAUUUCUAUUGGUCAUAGCAAAUAAUUAGCUUUUUUACUACAACAAAAUAAGUUGCAACUUAAACAACUUAAGUUUUUAGCUUUGAUUGCUUUUUAGACACUGGAGGUGAGAGUAAAGGUUCUCAAAUGUCAAGAAUAUUUUUCUAAAAAUUAAUAAUCAUAGCAUUAUUACCAUUCUUGCUUGCAAUUAUAUGCUAUUUAAUAUGGAAUAUCUAUAGCUACUUGAUGAAAAAUUUAGUUGAAGUUGGCGGUAAAAUAAUGUCUAGUUUAGUAAUCUUACUUUUCUUGGUACAUCCUAGUUUAGUCACUUUUUCCUUUAAUGAUUUUAAAUGCAAAGAAGUAGAUGGAUAAUUAAGAGUAUAUGACGAUUUGGAAAUCAUUUGUUGGUCUCCAGAGCACACUUUUUAUAGCUAUUUCGUAGCUCUUCCUUGUAUAAUAGUAUGGGGAUUAGGAAUUCCAUUUUUUGCAUUAGUUAUUUUAAUUAAAUAGAGAAUGAAAUUAGAGAACUUUGAUACUAGAUAAAAAUAUGGUUUCCUCUACAGGGGAUAUAGAAAGGAAUACUUUUAUUGGGAAAUUGUGAUAAUGUAUAGAAAAAUCUUAAUAAUAUUUACUUCAGUAUUUGUUAGCAACUUUGGAAUAAUUGCACAAGCACUAAUAAUAUUCUUUGCUCUCAUUGUGUUUUUGAUGAUAAAUUUUAAGAAAUAACCUUUUAAUACUCAGAUUCUCAAUGAUCUAGAAACACUUUCAUUAAUAACAUCAAUGAUUACUAUCUACUGCGGUAUAUUCUUUAUCUUAAAUAAGCCUAAGAUUUGGAUCGAAGAAAACCCUGAUUAUGCGAGAGGCUCAGUAUCAUUAUCAAAUGGCUUUCAAAGAUUGUUUUUUGUUCUAAUCCUAAGCUCAAAUUUGUUCUUUUUCCUAUACUGGAGUUUAAAAAUGUAUGAAGAAGGUAAGGCUAAAUUUAGAGAAAAAUUCCCAAAAAUCUAUUUAGUAUUAUGUUUAUGCUUCAAAUAGACCAAAUUUGAAAAAGAGAUAAUAGCUUAUGAUAUUGAUAAGCAAAAUAUAAACUACUAUCAAUAAUUAAACGGCUAACUAAAGCAGAUAAAGUUGCUAUUUAGAAAAGGCGAGCUAAAAUUAAACAAAAAUAACAUAGAAAGACUAAUGAUUCAUUUAAACAGAGAGUAAAUUAAAUAAUUAGUGAAUCCUAAAUUGAUGUAAAGAAUUUAAACCGAAAAUUUUGAAAAAUAAAAAUAAAAAUAAAGACUGAAGCGACUAAGUUACUCAUCAACUAAAAUUUAAUAAUAAAAAGAUUCAGCUGAUAAUGAUAGUAAUUUUGCACAUUAUUACAGAGAUUAGGAAAGUAGGAUUUAGACCAUGUAGACUGAAGAUUCACAGUUAGAUAUUAAUUUUGAAAGAAAACAAAACUUGAGUAAUAAUGAGCUCCCUUUAAGUUAUUAAUUGAAUAAAAUCCUUGAAAAAGAUAAAUUCUUGAAAGAGAGCAAAUUUCACAACGUGCCAAGUAGCUUAAUGUCCUCAGCAAUCCUUUUAGCAAAUCGAAAUAAUCUUGACCUUGAAAAUAAAGAAAUUAGUAAUUCAUCUUUAAUACAGUACUCUAUCAAUAGUAAAGUAAAAAAAUAAUAUUAAGAUAAAAUCUAAUACAGUAAAUCUUAUUUCUAGAAUAAAUAUAUUCCUGAGAUUAAACAGAAAACUCUAGCUAAAUUUUAAAAUAAAAAAGUUUCAGGUUCUCCAAAUUUAAAACUAAAUUAAUAAGCCUAUAGAAUUGAUUCUUUAAACUAAAGUUAAAUAUAGUUAUUACAAAAGAGUUUUCUUUUUUCUGAAUAAAACUCUAACAGUUAAGAGUAAAUCUCAGAAGUUGAGAUCGAAGAAGAACAAAGUAAACAAAUAAAAAAUAUACUCAAAAUUGCUAGUGAUUACGAUUAGAUUUAGAGAUAAAAUCUUUUAUUAAUUUCAAAAAAGUAAAAUAAAAACAAUAAAGCAGGUGUGAAUGAUGAACCUAAGCUAGAAUUUGAAAGUCAAAAAACAUAGAGAUUUAAUACAAAGAAAUCUUAAUCAGAAUAUAAAGAAUAACAAAUUAGCGUAGAUGUAUAUUCAGAUGAUUUGUCAGAUGAUCACAUUUUUAGAAGUUAAAACUAUAUGGAAGAAGGACAAAAUAAAGACCUUAAAGAAUUAGAAAUUGAAGAAAUAUUUGGAAUCAAUGAUCAAUUAUUCGAUUAUGAAGAAGAGCCAGUACAAUAUGACAAUGAAAAUGUCCUUAUGUUUUCUAACCUAGAAGAUUAAAAUAAACUACUUGAAACUAUGGCAUUAAGAUUGUUGCCUUAAAGAACAUAUAAAAUCAAAUAAAUCGACAACAUAAACUAAACUCAAAUAACUGAUAAAUCAAAUUCAAAGCAAGGCGCUUCAACUAAACAGGAAUUGGCAGAUUUUCAAAUUGAAAAAAAUUAAUAAUAGAAAGAGAAUGAUCUUGAUUAAACAGUUUUAUAAUUGCAAGAUUUUACUUCUGAUGAGGAAAUAAUAUCAAAGAGAAUUAAUAGAAGCUAUUAAAGUGAGGUCUUUUCCUCCUUUAAAAAUCCAGAUAGUAGAGGUUCUCAUUAAUGA